UUCAAAACAAAACAGCUGACGGUUCCUCCCGCUGGUGUCUCUGCUUCUACUCGUAUUUUUCACCGUCUCAUGUUCUGGAUUUCCUCAUAUCUACCAUGAAAAUAUUGGAGAUAAUCUUAUUGUUAUUUUUUGUUAACUUGUGCCAUGGAGGGUUGUUCACUUGGUUAUUUAAAGCUAAAACGAAGGAGAAACAGCCCAUUGUCAUCAGCUCAGACACUGCCUUUGGGAAUACAAAUGAAGAUGCAGGUGUUGUGACAGAAGUUGUUUUAGCUGCUAAAAUACCAUUUGAAAUAAAGUCUUCAGAUGAGAAGUUCUUAAUGGAAGCUGCAGCAUAUACCUCCUUGAAGCUGUCUGAGUUAGAUGUUUGUCAUCAUAAGGUUAUCUUGGGACUACAGACAUCAUGUGCAGAACUGACUGAAGAAGACUUAUCCAAAGUAGCUGUCAACCUUCUGAACUGUCAAUCAGUGGCAGAGGGGCGACCAAUUUAUCCCUGCACUAGUGACAUG